AUGGAGGACGUCGCCAAGGUCACAGAAACCACACAGGCCCGGCCGGCUCUCCUGGAGCGGCGGGUCCGCCAGCGACCCUCCGCAGUUUCACUCCUCAAAUCCAACCUGAAGAAGAGCCUGACCUGCUCCGUGCCCAGGGUCCGCUCCACCCUGACCGGGUUCUUCCCUGUGGUGCGCUGGCUGCCUAAGUACAAGCUCAGAGAGUACGUCUGGGGCGAUGUCAUGUCCGGGCUGAUUGUGGGCAUCAUCUUGGUACCGCAGGCCAUCGCCUACUGCCUGCUGGCAGGGGUGGAGCCCAUCUACGGCUUAUACACCUCAUUUUACGCCAACAUCAUCUACUUCCUCAUGGGGACGUCCAGACAUGUUUCUGUGGGGAUCUUCAGCCUCAUGAGCCUCAUGGUUGGACAGGUGGUGUAUAGGGAGGUGUUCCUGGCAGGUUUCGACCUCAGUGAGGAUUCCAAAGCUCCCGGUCCUGAUGUGUUCAAUGGCUCAAUGGGCGUGAACCUCACGGCGGGGGUGCACACUGUGGAGUUAAUGGGCAUGCCGUGCGGGAAGGAGUGUUACGCCAUCAGUAUCGCUGCUGCUGUUACAUUCAUAGCAGGCGUCUACCAGCUCAUGAUGGCCGUGUUUCGGCUGGGCUUCGUCUCCGUCUACCUUUCGGCCCCCAUGCUCGACGGGUUUGCCACAGGAGCCUCCUUCACGAUUCUGACCGUUCAGGCUAAAUACCUGCUGGGUCUCAAGAUUGCACGUUACCAAGGCUACGGCACGGUCGUCGUCACCUGGUUCAACAUCCUCAGCAACAUUCACAAGACCAACCUGUGUGACCUCAUCACCAGUGUCAUCUGUAUCUUUGUUAUGGUGGGAGCGAAAGAGCUCCAGGAGCGCUACAAGGAUCGUAUAAAGAUCCCUCUUCCCACUGAGCUGGUGGUCGUGGCAGGAGCUACACUGGCCAGCCACUUUGGGGAUCUCAACAGCCGUUAUGGCUCCAGUGUUUCCGGUCACAUCCCCACAGGGUUCGUCCCUCCCCAGGUGCCCAGCUUUAGUCUGAUGCCCCGGGUGGCCCUCGAUGCCAUUCCUCUGGCUGUCAUUAGUUUUGCCUUCACCGUGUCGCUGUCUGAAAUGUUCGCGAAGAAGAACGGCUACACGGUUCGUCCCAACCAAGAGAUGCUGGCCAUCAGCUGCUGUAACAUCAUCCCCUCCUUCUUCCACUGCUUCACCACCAGUGCAGCGCUGGCAAAAACCAUGGUGAAGGAUUCAACGGGCUGCCAGACACAGGUAUCAAGUCUGAUCAGCGCCCUAGUCGUCCUUCUCGUCCUCCUCUUCUUCGCACCUUAUUUCUACGCCCUCCAGAAAUGUGUCCUCGCUUGUAUCAUCAUUGUCAGCCUUCGGGGGGCACUGAGGAAGUUCAAGGACGUUCCGGCUAAGUGGCGCGCCAGCAGGGGGGAUGCCAUUGUUUGGCUGGUCGCCAUGUCGUGCACCGCUCUGAUCAGUGUGGAGCUGGGCCUCCUGGUUGGCGUCGUCUUUUCCAUGAUGUGCAUCAUCUUUAAGACCCAGAAACCAAAGGUUUCUCUGAUGGGCCGGGCCAACGACUCUGAUCUUUACGAGGACGUGGACGAGUACAAGGACCUCCUGCCACCAGCGGGGGUCCAGGUCUUCCGCUUCCAAGCUCCUCUGUACUAUGCCAACAAGGACUCUUUUCUCAAGUCGCUCUACAAAGCUGUCGGAGUCGAACCAUUCCUGGAGGUGACCAGGAGGAGCAAGGCAGAGAGAAAGGCCAAAGAGAUGUUCUCGAAGGAGGCCAAAGCAAACGGGGAAAAAACCAACGGAGAUGUGGUUAUUGGACUUGUCCAGAGAGAACUGGAGUUCCACACGAUAGUUUUAGACUGCUCUGCCGUCCCUUUCAUAGACUCAGCAGGGCUGGCCGCGUUCAAAGGACUGGUUAAGGAAUAUAAAGAAAUCGGGGUGAGCUUGCUGCUCGCCAGCUGUAACACCUCCGUCAUUGAUACCCUGAGGAAGGGACAGUUCUUUGGAAAGGACGAAAAAGACAUGAGCAGCUCGCUGUUUCAUACAGUUCACACUGCAGUUCUUUAUGCAAAUAGUCGAAAGCUCCAAGGCAAUGGUGCCAUUGACGCCGAUGCAUAA